AUGGUGCUAUACGCAACGGGGUUCAAUGCCUGGAACCAAUUGGGAUUUGACGUCCCGGGCGUGGGCGAAUCAGACGACUUCUCGUCGUUCACUUGCGUGUUACGAGACGAAGUUGAGAUUGUCCGUCCAUUUUUGUCAUACACUCGAGUCCACGACGGCCACGAAACCAUCCACCAAUACCCAUCCAUCCACCACCUCCUCUCCCAUAUCUCCGAUAUCUCCCAUACCUCCCAACCAAACUUCCUACUAAACGCCCCCAAGGCUCAAAACAAACCCCCAACUACCUUCCCCAACCUCCCCAACAUCACCCAUCUCCUCGCCCACGACACCGGGUUCGCCGCCCUCUCCUCCACCGGCCAGGUUUACACAUGGGGCGACGAGCGGUACACAGCCUGUCUCGGCCGGGAGCCCACCGAUGAGAGCCCAGCAUCAACACCCACCCCCCUCUCCUCCCUAUCCGACCUCCCCACAGGCCCCAUCACCAAGAUCGCAGCCGGCGGUUAUGUGCUCGCAGCCCUGACAGCAGGAAACGACCUGUACAUCUGGGGCCACUCGGGACGGUUCCCCUUCUUGGGAGCUGACGUCCUGUCUGGCACGCCCUGUCCUGUUAUCAUCACCGGCACCGGCACUGACACCACGGAUGAUGUGCCGCGGGGUGAGAACGAGGGAGACGAAGAAGAAAAAGACAUCAUAGACGUCGCAGUCGGUAAUUCACACAUCCUAGUAUUAACAACAGACGGGGAGGUGUUUGUGAUAGGGCAGAAUGGGAACGGACAGCUGGGGGUACCGGGGGUGGUGGAAUCGACGAGGCGGUGGAUUCGGGUUGAUUUGGACUCGGUGCUGGGGGUUGGGGAGGUUGUUACGGGUGUUGUGGCUGGGCCGAGGAGUUCGUUUUUGGUUGUUGAGAAGCUCGAGCAAUAA